CCCCCCUCAUUCUUGCUAUGGAGAGCAGCACAGCAGAGGCUGCAUUAUCUGACUCAGCGAGUACCCCUCUGUGCUAACUGCUUAACAACCUUCAAGCUCUACUCACCUCUGCCUCCACUCACCCAACUUCAGACACACAUACCAGCCUCACAUGAUGCGUGUGCACCUCUACCCUUCCCUACUAUUGCUCAUCUUGGCAUCCCAUGGAGUGGCCGAUGAUGCCAUCCAGUGCCCUCCCUGCUCACAGGAGAAGCUCAUUCGCUGUCUCGACCCUACUGGGUGCCAGGAGCUGGUGAAGGAACCAGGUUGUGGAUGUUGCGCCACCUGUGCCUUACCGAAAGGAUCUCUUUGUGGGGUGUACACAGCUCGAUGCGGCUCCGGGCUCCGCUGUUUCCCCACCCGGGGCACGGAAAAGCCCUUGCAUGCCCUCAUGCAAGGACAGGGGGUCUGCACUGAUAUUUCGGAGAUAGAAUCUAUCCAGGAAAGUUUCCAGACUGCAGCUGACGAUGAUCUCCCCUACAUCAGCUACAACCCCUGUGGCAUAACAGACAAAAGCUGUAUGCAGAAACACCAGGCAAAACUCAACCGGCAGCAAAUGCAGAGUGCCAGCAGAUUUCUGAAGACCAUCAACAAUCAACCUGUCAUAGAUGUCCGCAUGGGCCCCUGUCAUAAAGAUCUGAAAAGAGCCUUAGAUAGACUCUCAUCAUAUCACAUCAAGACGCAGGAGGAUUUCCUAAGCAUCCCCAUCCCAAACUGUGACCGCAAUGGAUUCUACAACUCCAAGCAGUGUGACCCAGCGCUGAACGGACAGCGCGGAAAGUGCUGGUGUGUGGACUCGGAUACAGGGAACGUGAUCCAUGUCACCUAUGACCCCAUCCUAGACCCCGAUUGUCAGCUGGCAUCAAAAAGCAUUAGAAAUUGAAGGUGGGGAGGAGAGGACGUUCCUGCACAGUUCCUUCACCAAAUCCGAUUAAAGGGAUAAAGCUCCUAAAAAAAGACUCCUGGGACCAAGUUUGAUAGUGGUGCAAGCAUCACAUUUUUUAACCUAUUCCUUGCCAGAGGGACCUGCAAGGCAUUACAACACUGAGCAAUGCGUUACAGGACCCUAUGGGACGGAAAGAGUUAAUGAUACAACUUGAAGGGAUAUGGGGGAGGGUGUGAAUAAUGAAAAGAAAAAAAAAAGUUUUAUAUUUUUCUAUUAAAUAGUUACUGAUGUAUUAGACACCCUGGGAUGAGUGGGUAUAGGGGGUUCGGCACCAGUGCUAUUUGGUUCAUUAGGGCGCUUUAUGGUAGAAUGUUGGGGGUAUUAAAAAGUAUAAUAGAGGAAUUAUAUAUAUGUGCAUUGUAUAAAAUAACGGCUAAAGUUAUGUGUAUAGGGGAUCUGUGACCCACUAUAGAGUAGGUCUGUAUAGAACUUGGUACAAUACAGUUGGAUUGGAUGGACUGACGGGAAUAAAAUGGGAUGUAUGAUGGAAGUUACUGGGAACCGAGAUACUUAGUCAUGGAUUUAUUUCUUUACAUGGAGCAUACCGAAUAAUAGGAAGGGUUCCAUGGAAUAUCUGUAUUCUGCGAUCAAAUGUUUUAAAAUCAUCCAAGCCAUCCUGCGAUAAUCAUCAACACCCAGCAAGACGGAGCUAUUAGGGUGCUUUGACGGAGCUAUUAGGGGGCUUUGACGGAGCUAUUAGGGUGCUUUCAUUGGGACCACCUCAAAUAUUUUAAAUACGUUUUGAAAACCACUUGCACUUUGGCAAUUACAAAAUUCGGCCACUUUUUACACCGUUAUAGCAGUUCUUUUAACUUAAAAUAGGUUACUUCUAUGUGUGGGUUCUAUGUGAAGAAUGAUCUGAUUUGUAGUCUAUAGCAGCUGAUGAACCAGAGGCUACCGGUUUCUAGACAGUAGUGAUGAUUACGGCUAUACGUUUUUUUUUUAAACCAAUCAAAAAUGAGUGACACAUCCUUGGCCGUUGAAGAACCAGGGCGAGAAUAUUAUCACAGGGGCAAUCUGAAGCCAAUGGAGCUUUUUACGUGUUUAAAUGUACAUAUCAACUUUGUAUGAAAUUAAAUGUGAACAAUAAAAACCA